ACGUUGUUGAAUCGGUCCUUAGAGAAGAUGAAGGCGCCCCGGGUGAUAACGGAGUCUAGACUACAUGAGUUACUUAGGAGUAACAGGGAAGGACGGUGGGGAGGACCAGAACAGAAAACAUUUUCAAAUUCCAGGUAAAGUUCUCGCGAUAUUCUUAUAACAGCCGAGUCGGCAUCCGUGAGCCCGGGCUGAAAUAAAGUCUCGCGAGAUCUCUGGAGUGGCGGAACCGAAGACGCGGAGGAGUUGGGAUCUCACGGAAGGGAAGCGCUUGGGAGCACUCGCGAGAUCUGAAUACCCCGACCCAAAAAACGCUCUCAGGAAGUUUAAGGCCCAAAGGCGGUCCCGGGGCCAAUGGCCGGAGCUGGGCCAACCAUGCUGCUACGCGAGGAGAACGGCUGCUGCAGUCGGCGUCAGAGCAGCUCCAGCGCCGGGGACUCUGACGGCGAACAGGAGGACUCGCCGGCUGCGCGUGCCCGGCAGCAGCUGGAAGCGCUGCUCAACAAGACCAUGCGUAUUCGUAUGACCGAUGGGAGGACGCUAGUCGGCUGCUUCCUGUGCACCGACCGCGACUGUAAUGUCAUCCUGGGCUCUGCGCAGGAGUUCCUCAAGCCGUCCGAUUCAUUUUCUGCGGGGGAACCCCGUGUGCUGGGUCUGGCCAUGGUUCCAGGACACCACAUCGUUUCUAUUGAAGUCCAAAGGGAGAGCCUGGCGGGGGCCCCGUAUCUCUGACCACAAUCGUACUUCUCUUCGAGACCAUUAAAGCCUAUGAUCAAAGUG